UUUUAAAAUAUGCUGCCUAUCUGUUCAGGUAUUUGAUGCUGGCAUGUUCACUUGUUCUCUUCAUAGAAUCUGGAUUUUCUGCUCCACGAAAAUAUUUAAUAAAGACAGUGCGAACCCCGGAAUAUAACGAAGAAAUAUCUCCAAAUCUGAACCCUCAAGGAAAAGAAGGAGUUAAGGGAGAUGACUAUUUCUUGGGCCUGUUACCUGGAAUUAUCGGCGUUGUACCCAAAAUGCUUCCGGGACUUAUCAAUGCCGGUACCAAAAUUGCUCCACACAUCCCACAACUGAUUGAUGGAGCUUUCAAAAUCGCAGAAUCACAAAUUGCUCAAGCACAAUAAUGUGUCUCUCACCAAUAAACCUUAAAAAAAGAUGAAUAUCCUCACUGAUGCACCAUUGGAUAUAUUCUUCAAUGAAAUCUACGUUAUUAUUAUUUAAUAUUAAAUCUAGUAUAAACAUAUAUAAACCAACAAUAUACAUGAUUUAUACAAUAUACAUACUUUAUUAGUAACAGAUAUUGGAUAGAAAUCUACAAAGUUGCAAUAAAAUUAGAUUUUUC